ACAAGCACAACCGGCUCAGCCAGCGCGGCGCGGAGCCUCCUGCCUGAGAGCAGCUGCAGCGCCCCCCCACCCAGCUCUGCCUCCAAUGGCGACGAGGGCGGCGGCAGCCACGCUCACGGCAGCGAUGUCCUCUCUCCUCAGGCGCUCUGCCUCGCUGCGGCCGCAGGGUCUCCGGGUCCCUCGCCGCGUGCCUCCCCGAAGAUUUGUGCGCCACAUUGCUUCAUCAACAAAUGAGGAAGCUGCUGCCAGAGCAGCUGCUGCCACUGCUGAUACAGGAGGACCAACCAUUUUCGACAAGAUCAUCUCAAAGGAAAUUCCUUCAAGUGUUGUCUAUGAAGAUGACAAAGUCUUAGCAUUUAGAGAUAUUAAUCCACAAGCCCCUGUGCACGUUCUAGUCAUCCCAAAAGUGAGAGAUGGACUAACUGGACUAUCCAAGGCUGAACCAAGGCAUGUUGAGAUUCUGGGCCACCUUCUUUACGCAGCGAAAGUAGUCGCUGAGAAGGAAGGUGUGGCAAAUGGGUACCGUGUCGUCAUAAACAAUGGAGCUGAAGGAUGUCAAUCUGUCUAUCAUUUGCACUUGCAUGUACUCGGUGGAAGGCAGAUGGAGUGGCCCGCUGGUUAAAUUACAGAGUGGGACAUAUUUGCUUUAUUUUGUAUCCCUCUUUCUGAAUUUUCCGGUUGUCUGACUGUUGUUUCAAAAAGAGAAGGAACAUGUACUACUGUGUGCCCCUGUGAUGACGUCUUGUGAGCAAUCAUCUCUGUGGUUACUGAAAUUUCAGCAGAUUAUGUGAGAACAUUAAACAGGUUUAGGAUUAUCCUGGCAAUCAUCAUCUGUUGCGCAUAUUUCUAUGGACGUAAGCAUAGUACGCAGUUUGCCCAAGAUUAUUUGAA